AUGACUAGCCCGGCGAAGCGCUCUCGUUACGAUACGGUGGGUGUUGCUACUGCUCAGUUUUACAACACAACGGGUAUCGUUCCCACUAAUCUUCAUUUGUCACCUGAUGUGUCCUAUUUAAUCACAACGCAUCCAAGUUGUACAAUCGUCGUUUACGAACUGCCGACUGGCUGUUCUGAACAGGACUUAAUUAGCAUCUUUCGACAGUUUGGUGAAGUAAAGAACGCCAAGGUUGUGUGUAAUGGAAAAGCAGCCCUCGUAGAGUUCUGCGAAAUAUCUUCUCCGACACGUUUGGUGCAUAUGGCUAAAAUAAACCCAUUUCACGUUGGUCCCAAUCGAGUGCGACUAGAGUUCUCUUCGGAAACGAUUACCUUUUCCUCUAGUCGGCAGCCGGAACCGAAGGGGACAUUGUUACCACCAGGAGAGGAGGCUACGUGCAUCCUCCAUCUGGAUGUUGCUGCUGCUGAUUAUCCCAUCACCGUUGACGUCAUAAGGUCAAUAUGUGAACCUCAUGGUAAAUUAGUCCGUGUUUUCAUUGGGAAGAAGAAUGUAGACCGUUCGCUUGAGGUUCUUGUCGAAUUUGAAUCCCCUAAAGAUGCGGCGAAGGCCAAAGAGCAUCUAGAUGGAGCAGAUAUAUAUUCUGGUUGUUGCAGUCUUACUGCAACUUUCUCAAAAGUCCAGAAGGUUCAUGUGACGAAAAACGACAGCGAAUCCUGGGAUUUUUCUGGUCCCAACGCAUGUGUCCAGGGCCCCCUCGGAAACGCCUCCGCUAGUCGUACUUUACUUGGGUCUGGGGCUCCCCUCUAUCCAGCAGUCUCACAAUCGCCUCCCCCGCCAACAAUACCCACCGCUGCGCCAAGUCAGCCAGGUUUGAUACCCACACCGAAUCCGAUGCAACCAGUUCCACCGUGCCCACCACCUCCACCGUUCGCUUACUACGCAUACCCGGCCUACAGAGUACCUCCAAUGUAUCCUCCAGCCGCCGGAAUGGUAUAUCCUUACCCUCAGUAUCCUGCCUACUACCCUCCUCCAGCAACACCAUCUGAAAUGCCCAUUGUUCGCUCGACCAUUCAAAGUGCAUCCUUCAAACCUCUCACUAGGAUUAGAAUUCUCCCUUCACCGGCACCCGUGCAUCAGGUCACUCCUGGGGGUAUUGGCGUUGGUCACGCUACUUCAAACUUAUCGACCGCUGCACUUCAACCGUUGCCGACUGAAUCUGUUUUUGAAUGCAUCGAAGGUGUUGUACUUAUGGUAUGCAACUUACCGCUUACGUUCAAUUGUGAUCACCUGUUUAAUCUGUUGUGUGUCUAUGGUAACGUCGCACGAGUCAAGUUCCUGAAAUCACGCCCCGGUUGUGCGAUGGUGCAGGUGGGGAACGCGGAGGCUGCCGAUUUCAUCCAUCGGUACUACAAUGGGAUUUCUGUGUUCGGACAUACCAUUCGGUUUUACCAUAGCAAACAACCGCAACUUGUUGAACACGAUAACCUUGGCACUCUUGAUGACGGAUCUCCCGUGAUGAAGAACUACAUGAUGGACCCAAACAAUCGUUUUCGGAAUGCUGUGGUUGCUUCAAAGAGUCGCAUUCUGGAACCAUCGCGCACGCUUCACUUCUUCAACGCGCCUCUCAACAUAUCUCCCGAGGAUAUGUGUCGUGUAUUCACCGAUUCUGGAGCGGUGUGUCCACCUCGUGUGGUACUAUUCAACACAAAGGCAGGGCAGAAGACGUCGCUAGGUUUGGUUGAGUGGGACACGCUAUCCGAGGCCUUAGAAGCUCUCAUCCUAGCCAAUCAACGUCCGAUCCACGUGGCUGAACUGGUUCACCCAUUUCAUCUGAAACUUGCCUUCAGUCCUAAACCCAUUUCAUCCGAUGGUUUUGGUGUCUCUCUAAUACGAUAUCCUGCCCCACCGUUUUCCGCGACUCGACCGGGUUGCGAGUACACUGACGUGGGACUCAGCGACACUUGUCCUCCUGAAGAAGAUGAAGAGGAAGGGGUAGAACCAGUUACAGCGAAGGAAUCAGCCUCAGAGACGGGUAACCACGUGUGUGCCUCUGAAGAAGAGAACCUCAAUGGAACCAAGCAUGACGAUAGCGAUCCAAACGAAUCACGCGAAGUCCAUCUGAACAAUUCAAAGGAAAUUUUGGUGACGGACGGAGAUGAUACUCCGAAUGAUAGUCCGUCAAGUCAGGCUGGCAGCCUCAACGACGAUGUUGAAGCAGAAACCAAAGAGCUCUUCAACAAUGCACUUCGCUCUGCUUGGGCGUCAGACUUUGUGAGUGCGGAGCGUACACUCAACAAGUUAAUACGUCACUUGCGGGUAGCCUACUUUAAACGCUUGAUAAGCGAUUUGGAAUACCUUCACCAACGGUCUCGCGUGUCUGCGGAACUGGCAAAUGUGAAUUUGGCUUUAGGCAAACUUUCAACGGCCGAGAAGCUCUUCAAAGAGGUCAUUCGCAAUGUGACAGCGGCCGGCAUACCUACCGAUGACGCCAUGGUUGUGGAGUUGUCUUUGAAAUUAGCCUUGGUCUACCAAAAGAUGUCGCGAUUGGAAGAGGCCGCUUCCGGGUUUCUGUACUGCAUCGAAACUCAAGAGAACAGAUUUGCCUCCGGCAACAUAGAGGAUGCAGAUCAACGAAGCAAUGAACAAGCUUUGCUGGGUAUGUGUCAUAACUACUACUCAAAAUUCUUAUUCGAAAACGGAGAGAGCGAGAAAGCACUUGAACACGCCAAGAAAGCUCUUGAGUUGGCCAACAAGCUCUAUGCAGACGACCAUUUCAACUGUCUCCAUCUGUUGUGUGAUGUCUCUGUGCUUUUGAUUGAUCUUAACAAGUUUUCCGAGGCAAGAGCUUGUCUGGAGCGCGCAGAGAAGCUUGUCCGUGUCAGACUCACUCAGGACUCCACCGACGUAGAUGGGGUUCAGUCUUGUCUGGCCCAUAUUCUCCUUCAGCGUGUAGCCCUGGAAGCCCAAGACGGACAGGUGACAGCGGCUAAGACGUAUGCAGACGAGGUGAGCAAAGUCGCCUCUCUCCUCCAUGCUCCUCAGACGUUGCUGAAGCAACUGAAGGAGUAUCGAAAAAGAUAUGAUUUAGAUGUACAGUAGUACUUUGUCGGAGAUGAUACCCUUCUGAGACAAUUUGUACAAAACCUUUCGCUUAGUACACCUACUUUUCAUUCAGUGUGCAUUUUAAUCUUUGGAAAAAAGGAACUUUCUUUGGGAGAUAUCAUGUUUCGUAGUGAGGGCCUUUCGUACAUGGAGCGAUCACUUCGGGCGUUUUUGAUACGGAUAGGGCUAAAUCGUUCGUCUUUCGUAUGAUCUCAGGCAUGAUGUUGAAUUGACCCAAGUGUUGGUUUUGGUCGCUCCGAAGAUAGAACAUCACCGGAAGAGUUUUUGGCUUUCUUUGAAGAGUGAGUGACCCUGUACAUAGGAUUUUACGUUAAUGGAUCGGUGCAGAGGAUUG